AGGACAAACCUUCACCACGGUUCAGUCUCACUUUAGAUCUUGGAGCUCUGCUCGGGCCAAACCACCAAGUCUGAUCUUCAUGCACUUUUAACAAAAGUCAUCAACACUGAAAAAGAAAUACAAAAUGCAGAAACAAUUAGGCACAAGGAAGAACAUUUAAACAUUAAUUUAACAUUGAAAUAAAAACACCAGGACCCAAAGGACCUGCCUCUCAUCUUAUGUUUGUAUUUUACAGAAAUGUGACCACGCCCACAUCUGCAUUUACUCCACCCACUCCCUCACUGACCCCGCCCACUCCCUCACUGACCCCGCCCACUCCCUCACUGACCCCGCCCACUCCCUCACUGACCCCGCCCACUCCCUCACUGACCCCGCCCUCCAUCACAGUGAUCAAGAGCAGAGCCAAGGUCUUUGAGGAGGACGACCGUCGAGUGAACAAAGAACCUUGUUAUUCUCUGUGGUCACAGAGAUUCUUUGUGGAUAAAGAAGAAUUGAAACAGAGGAUUGUGCAGCUCCUCCUCAGAGAAGACGAGAGGAGCAGAGAGCAGGACUCUGAGGAACAUCUGCAGAAGAAGAAGAAGGACCUCAUCAGUUUGUUCAGAGACAUCGAGGAAUCAGGAGAAAACUGGCACAAUCUGUACCUGACAGAUAAUACUCCCUACAACUGUACAGCAAUCAUCAUUUCGUUUUGUUUUCGUUACAAACUCUUGUAAAUAACU